UGAACAGACGACGAAGGAUUUUAAAAAAUCGUAGCAACCAUGUGGUGAAAUUUGAAUUUCCUUUCUUCGUUCGCUCUUGGUUGCUGGCCGAUCAGCUGACAAAGCGGUUGUGUCACACAGUCACAUUCUGUUCCAGUCCUUGAAACCAUACGGAGGUUUCUGCUGUUUCUGGUUCCUGUUUAGUAGUUGAUAGAACGAAACAAAAGAAACAGCAUUUUACCCUUGGGAACAAUAGAGUCGGUUCAAGGGCAUCGGACGGUCAUGACGGAAGAAAGCUUUAACAAAGCGCCAGGCUCAGAAUUUUCCAAGAUUCGCUCCUCAACAGUCGUUACCAUAGGCAACAUGAAAGUAGCACCAACGACUUCCGCUUCCUCUGCAAUCCUCCAAGAACGACCAUUGACCUCGUCGGCCUCUACGGGGUUAUCUAUGAAUCAAGAUUUACCGUACACAAUUCUGCAAUAUGGGCACUUGCUACCAACGUUGCUUCAACCGGGGUUUUCCGUUUAUCAUCCACCACCACCACCAUUGCCGGUGACAAUUCCAGUAUUCUAUCAACCAGUUAAUGGGGCCGUGCCCCAACCGCAGCCAUUCGAUGCAAACAUGUUUUAUCGAUGCAUGCCACAGCUUCCCACUGGUAAUGAUGUUGUUGGACAGAAAAUCAACCAGGCUAGGAAGCCAGGAAAGGUUGUGCAAAGCAAAAUGAAGUUUAAGGAACCCGCGAUUGAUGUUCGAAGGCAAGAUGUAUUGACUAGUGGCAGCGAUGGUUCGCUCAGCCCUAUUACAUUACCAUUGAUAACGACUGACAGUCCUAGGGAGAUUGGUUUUGGCGGAACUGGAAUUGUAGUACAUCAGGAGAAACUUGUUACUCUGACUGAGAUGGCCAUGCAAGGUUGCGAAGUAGCAGAGCAGCUGGCAAACAACCAUCAGAAACGACCAUGUUUCAAAAAGAUCGAUAGCCUAUGCGCCCGUAUGAAGCAGGAUCUCAUACGGCCAGAUAGUGUUUUGGCUAAUAUAAAUUCUCAAGGGAUGGCCUGGGCGGUUAAAGAUUUCAUUUUCGUUUUCACUCGUAUUAUUAAUGCUUGGAUCAUCAUUAAAGGAUAUGUCUACAAUACGCCAGAAGGUUUAGACCGGGUACAGAAGGUUUUGAGUCCGGAUUUCUUGGAUAAUUUUUUGAAGUGGCAAGAUUCGACGAUUGAUUUUGUCGAUAGUUUGAUCAAAUCUUUUACAAGUUUGGAUCAGAUGGUACAGAAUCAACGAACAAGUGGCGUUCAGAAAGAAUCUAUUCCAAAAGGUGGAGGAGUGCGUCAAUCCAAAACAGACGAAGAGAAGGAACGUGGUCUUCAAGAGUUAUACGAGUAUUUGAAGGACAUCAUACCGAAUCUAACAGACAAUAAAGCUUCAUCCUCUUCAGAUAACGCCAGUAGCAGUGACCUAUCCGAUCGCAGCAGCGUAAUUUACGAUAACAGCAAAAAUUACUUAGUUCCUGUCGUUAACGACUCGGAACAGACACAAAUGAAACAUAAUGAACAUGGAACUUACUUCAAGACAGGAAUUUACGAACCAGUUAAAAAACCGCCGGGAUUCGGAUCCAGCCCGGUGGCGUGCUCUAUGAAAAUGCCAUUCCCUUUGACGGACACUAAUACUUUUGUGACGUCCACACCGAAAAUAUUGAAAAACCCCUCCCCUCCAAACCGGCACGAUCUACUGGGUUCAGUCUGCAAUAAUAGUUACGAUAGCAUCCACGCAGUGAACCAGUUGACAGAUAUUUCAUUGUCGUUGCAAAUGGAUUUUUUCAAUGAUGCCAUAAUUCGUCAAACUUUCGAUAGCGAAACUGUCGCAAAGAUACAUUUCCUAUUGCAGAAAAUGUUCACCGUAAAUGAGACGAAGUACUUUUUUGAUCUGCGUUUUUCGAAGAAUUAUUUUCCAGAUUUUCAUACGGUUAAUCCAAGUUUCAUAGAUAUAAGGUCAAUUAUUUCGAAGGCUCAAAUCGGAGGUUACCAUAAUAUCCACGAAAUAGUUUAUGACCUGAGGCAAAUCGUUCAGGCGGCCCGUCAUUAUCUUGAGCAAAAACCGCAUUUGUUGCUCAAAGAAACGGCCGAUGAAUUCGAGCGCAAUCUAGAAGAUAUUCUCAGUGAUAAAAUUUUCGAUUGUUACGAUUUCAGUUGCCUUCCGGGGUCGACCUCGCCGGCUGUAACAACCAGCAGCAAUAGCAGCACCAUGACAGCCUGUUCGGGCGACUUCUGAUUUUAGUAUUACCGUAGCUUUUAAUUCCAGCAUAGACAGAUAUACAUUUUAGUUUACAGAGCGAUGUGAUAUUGAGCAAAAGUCGUUAAUUUGUGAGUAAGUUUUAAAUCCACCGUAAAUGUUCAGGGAUGAAAAGUAACAAUUAGCAGCUAUCACAGGCAGGAAAAUGUGCUCCAAUCAACCAAUUGACUGACCUGGCAAAAUUAAAGUUAGAAGGUGCUAGUUGCAGAUCGUAGCGUAGCGGCUUCAAAUUGCUACCGUAGCUAAUGUUAAAUAUCGUUAGUUCUAACUGGUUUAAAAUCAUUGAAUGACAAUUUCACAGUCACGAUUAAUUUGAUCACAGAAAAGUUUUUAGCAUUUUUGGUAAAGUGGAAAAAUUUUAAGCAUAGAGAAAUUCCUAAUAUGUCACUUAAAAAGUUUUUAAUUCGGAAAUGAAAUGUU